CUACUAUAUCCCAUGAUGCGCGGCGAUGCGUUGCGCUGUGUCCUGCCGAGUCUGGCCGCAUCCUUGUAAUGGAUUCGACAACUAAGGUCGGCUUGCUCCGGCCGAUCUAGGAACUAUCCGACAUCCCCUCACUAAUUCGGCCCAUAGCAUCUCCACCCGAUUGUGACGUACAACUCUAGCGCUUGACUCACCUCUCAUCGCCAUGGCAAGGCCAGUUCUCUUGGUGAAUUCCUCUCGCCUCUUCGCCUCAUCGUCCUCAUACACUCUGCCUAGGCUGUCUCUAGCGUUGCAAGCACGCGGUUGCCUUACCCGAUCAGUAACAGCACGAAGAGUUGCUUCACCCCUCAUAUCCACAUCACGACGUAACUUCACCUCCUCGGUAGCAACCAUGGCUCCAGCUGCUGAGACUCCCAACUCAAACGGGGGCCCCCAAAACGCCUGGAUUGGCGGCAAGAGCUCUGCUGCUUUCGACCUGCGAAGUGAUGUGGUGACCAGGCCGACCCUAGCCAUGCUGGAGGCCGUUCAGUCGUGCUCCUUACUAGAUGAUGUCUUCCAAGAGGAUACCGUCACAAACGACCUCGAGGCCUAUGUCGCCAAGCGAGCUGGAAAGGAGGCCGGCCUAUUUGUGCUUUCUGGAACCAUGGGUAACCAGCUCGCCAUGAGAUCUCUCCUCACUCAGCCUCCCCACUCAGUCAUCUGCGACUACCGUGCCCAUCUCUAUACCUCUGAAGCUGGCGGACUCGCGACCCUGUCUGGAGGGCAGAUCACGCCUGUAGUGCCCAAGAAUGGUCGGUACCUAACCCUUGAAGACGUUAUGGCGAAUGCGACACUAGAUGAUGAUGUGCAUGGAUGUCCCACGCGAGUCAUCAGCCUCGAAAACACUCUCCAUGGCAUGGUCACCCCUUUGAGUGAGGUCAAGCGCAUCGCCGAGUUUGCUCGCGAGUAUGGCAUUAAGAUGCACUGCGACGGUGCCCGCCUGUGGGAGGCUGUCGUCUCUGGCGCCGGGUCCCUGCCCGAGUUCUGUUCACACUUUGACACCAUCUCCCUCUGCCUUUCCAAGGGCCUCGGUGCUCCUGUGGGAAGUAUCCUCGUGGGGCCCAAGGAAACCCUGAAGCACGCGCGUUGGGUCCGCAAGUCUAUUGGUGGCGGGCUACGACAGACUGGUAUCGUGACUUCGGCCGGCCGUGUCGCCGUUGAGCAGACGUUCGGCAGCUCUCCCACGGGCUCUGACGGCCUCCUCAAGCAGUCUCACGAAAUGGCGCGCAAGGUGGAAGAUCUCUGGACGAGCAUGGGCGGCAAGGUGGCCGAGCCGACCGAGACCAACAUGUGCUGGCUAGACUUGGAGGCUGCUGGGUGUAGCCAGAAGAGGCUCAUCGAGUGCGGCGCCGAGGCUGGGCUCAAGUUUAUGUGUAAUCGGUUGGUGACGCACUAUCAGGUGGCGCAGAACGAGGAUGAGGUGCUGCGCCGGUUGCGCGUGGCAUUUGAGAAGAUUCUCGCAUCUGGGGAGGAUUUGAGUGUGACGCAGAAGGUUGGCAAGUCGAGUGUAUACAGACCGGAAUAGACGUAGAGUGAGCAAUUCAUGGCUGCGACAAGAAGUAGCCAUGAACUUGAUCAGCUGUAAGACGAAACAUCGGUUUCGGGUUCUCAACUACCCAUUUCCAAAA